AUGUUUGAAAUUAAGAAGAUCUGCUGCAUCGGUGCAGGCUACGUUGGUGGACCCACGUGUAGUGUGAUUGCUCACAUGUGCCCUGAAAUCAGGGUGACGGUUGUUGAUAUCAAUGAAUCAAGAAUCAAUGCAUGGAACUCUCCUGCACUUCCUAUUUAUGAGCCAGGACUAAAAGAAGUGGUAGAAUCCUGUCGAGGAAAAAAUUUAUUUUUUUCUACCAAUAUUGAUGAUGCCAUUAAGGAAGCUGAUCUUGUAUUUAUUUCUGUGAACACACCAACCAAAACCUAUGGAAUGGGAAAAGGCCGUGCAGCAGAUCUGAAGUAUAUUGAAGCUUGUGCUAGACGCAUCGUGCAAAACUCACACGGCUACAAAAUUGUGACCGAGAAAAGCACGGUCCCAGUGCGGGCAGCAGAAAGUAUUCGUCGAAUAUUUGAUGCAAACACAAAACCCAACUUGAAUUUACAGGUGCUGUCCAACCCUGAAUUCUUGGCAGAAGGAACGGCCAUCAAGGACCUGAAGAACCCAGACAGGGUGCUGAUUGGAGGGGAUGAAACUCCAGAGGGCCAGAGGGCUGUGCAGGCGCUGUGUGCUGUGUAUGAGCACUGGGUCCCCAGGGAAAAGAUCCUCACCACCAACACUUGGUCUUCAGAGCUUUCCAAACUGGUUCCAAAUGCUUUUCUGGCCCAGAGAAUCAGCAGCAUCAACUCUAUAAGUGCCCUCUGCGAAGCAACAGGAGCAGAUGUAGAAGAGGUGGCAACAGCCAUUGGAAUGGACCAGAGAAUUGGAAAUAAAUUUCUGAAAGCCAGUGUUGGUUUUGGUGGGAGUUGCUUUCAAAAGGAUGUUCUGAAUUUGGUUUAUCUCUGUGAGGCUCUGAAUUUGCCUGAAGUAGCUCGUUACUGGCAGCAGGUCAUAGACAUGAACGACUACCAGAGAAGGAGAUUUGCUUCCCGGAUCAUAGACAGUCUGUUUAAUACAGUGACAGACAAGAAGAUAGCUAUUUUGGGGUUCGCUUUCAAAAAGGACACCGGUGAUACAAGAGAGUCAUCUAGUAUAUAUAUUAGCAAAUAUUUGAUGGAUGAAGGCGCACAUCUCCAUAUAUAUGAUCCAAAAGUACCAAGGGAACAAAUAGUUGUGGAUCUUUCUCAUCCAGGAGUUUCAAAGGAUGACCAAGUGGCCCGGCUCGUGACCAUCUCCAAGGAUCCCUAUGAAGCGUGUGAUGGCGCCCAUGCUGUCGUGAUUUGCACUGAGUGGGACAUGUUUAAGGAACUGGAUUACGAACGCAUUCAUAAAAAAAUGCUGAAACCAGCCUUUAUCUUUGAUGGACGACGUGUCCUGGAUGGGCUCCACAAUGAGCUACAAACCAUUGGCUUCCAGAUUGAAACAAUUGGCAAGAAGGUGUCUUCAAAGAGAAUUCCAUAUGCUCCUUCUGGUGAAAUUCCAAAGUUUAGUCUUCAGGAUAUGCCCAACAAGAAACCCAGAGUAUAG